CGAACCAGGGGUUACUGAUAUCAAAGAUUUAAAGAAACGUGUUACCAUUGCUCAAUCUGCAUAUGAAGCAUCCGCAAAUGCUGAUGCUAUAGUCGUCGUUACGGAGUGGGAUGAAUUUAAGGAAUUGGACUAUGAAAGUAUCUAUAAAAGAAUGAAUAAACCAGCAUUUAUUUUCGACGGACGUCUUAUUCUUGAUGCUGAAAAGUUGAAGUCUAUUGGAUUUCGUGUUCAUACUAUUGGCCGGGCUACUAUUUAA